AUGUCGCUCCUACGACCAUCAAUGGCAGGCCGACUGCUCCGAGCAGGCGCGCCAUUUACAAGACGAGUUGUCCCAGGCACGGUACGAUUCGAGAGCACAGCUUUGGGCACACCACUCACCUCCUCUGAUACUGCGUCCGGAGCGGGGAUUGCGAAGACAGGAGGGGAGAAGGAGGUGCAAGUGCGACAUAAUCAACCUGAUUAUACGGCGGAGGUUGAUCAGGCGUCAUCAACAUUCUCCCCCAUCCCGAAACGAGUAAUGAAUGGAAGUGAAGAAGGGGAUGUCCUGCCUGCUGCUGUGUUGUCCGGUGCUCCGAUUGAACUCGAAGCUCGAACUGUCCGCAUCUACCGACCUGCAAAGACAGCAACUCAAUCCGGCGACUGGCACGGCCACCACUGGCGCAUGGACUGGGACAUCCUCUCCAAAGGCCAUCGAUGGGAGAAUCCUUUAAUGGGCUGGCAAUCCUCGGCCGAUUUCAUGCAAGGCACACAUCUCAGCUUCAAGAGUAAGGAGGACGCCAUCAAGUUUGCAGAGAAACAGGGAUACGAAUACUUUGUGCAGGAGCCGAACAGGAGGAAGAUUAUCCCGAAGGCGUAUGCGAAUAAUUUUCUGUGGAGUGAUAAGAAGUUGAAGCAUAUCCGGACGAAGUAG